GUAGCGGAGGAUGAAUGGGAGACGGUCUCCGGGGAGAAAACACACACACAUACAUGCACGCGCACACACACGCGCGAGCGCACAGACACCAGCUGUGUUCCGAUUGGCUGCUUCUCCGGAUCAUAAAAGGAGCGGGAAGGUCUCGGGCGCCAAUCAGCUCUAUUUGAUGUGCGCGAGAGGCAGUGGACGUUUCAUCCGCGAGCUCAGCGAACACACUGCUCCGUAUUCCUUUGACGGCUUUAACGGAAAGAACACGCCUUGAAUUUUGUCUCAUAAAAGCGGAGGAUUGAAUGGAAACGUUUCUGUGUUUGAGAACAUUAGCCGUCCGUUAGUCACUGGCUGCACGAGCGAGGCUAGCUCGGCUAAUUCUCCUGCACUCUCUGAGGAUGUGACGGUUAGCCAAGCUAGCUGUUUUGAAGCGGAGCAGCCUGAUAAGGUUAGUUAUGUUCCGUUAUCGUCAUUGUAUCGCUACGUCGACGUCUUUGUGGUUAUUCUGAAACAAGGCUGUGUGAGGACACCUCAGUGAAAGAAUAGCCUAGCCAUAAAGAAGAGACUGAGGCGAUAACGGUAACGUUAACGUUAAUCCAACCGCGAUGAUGCGGUUAUGCGUCCGGGGCAGCACGUAGGUCAGGUCACACCACCGGAGUGUGGUCCCGGUACCUCUUCGUUGUGAUUCGCUAGGAUGGGACACGCUGGCUCCGUAAAGCUCCGUGCUGCUCUCCGUGUGCUGCGUUCAGCGCUCUGCGGGUCUCCGGUCGAAGCUACGGCGGCUGGUUGCGAAUUUCUGGCCUGAGCCGAGCGCUUCCCUCCCCCCGUUCGGCCUUUCAGAUCAGCGGACUCUCCCCGGUCCGGGAGCGGCAGAGUUGGAGGAUAUACCAGACGGACCUGGACCUCCAGAGUACCAACAAUGGACGAUACCGGAAUCAUUCGGCGCAGGAGGCUGCAGGAUCUUCCCCUGCCUCGUAAAAACAGCAGUUGCCGCACCAGUAACAGAAAGAGUCUAAUUCUCACCUCAACAUCGCCUACUUUGCCCCGCCCACACUCUCCUCUACCUGGACACAUCGGAAGUAGCCCUCUGGACAGCCCUCGCAACUUCUCUCCCAGCACUCCUGCUCACUUCUCUUUUGCUUCCUCUAGACGGGACGGGCGCCGUUGGUCUCUGGCCUCUCUUCCUUCCUCUGGGUAUGGCACCAACACACCCAGCUCAACGUCUUCCAGUUCCUCUCAGGAGCGUCUACACCAGCUGCCCUUCCAGCCCACCAUGGAUGAGCUACACUUUCUGUCCAAACACUUUGGCAGCACAGAGAGCAUUACGGACGAUGAUGGGGGGCGGUGCUCUCCACACGUACGCCCUCGCUCACGCAGCCUCAGUCCGGGCCGUUCUCCAUCCUGCUAUGACAACGAGAUAGUGAUGAUGAACCAUGUGUACAAAGAGCGCUUCCCAAAGGCCACAGCUCAGAUGGAAGGGCGGUUGGCAGACUUCAUUCAGUCUUACUCUCCUGAGGCUGUGCUGCCGCUGGCUGAUGGGGUCCUGAGCUUCAUCCAUCACCAAAUCAUAGAACUGUCUCGGGACUGCCUGACCAAAUCACAAGAAGGCCUCAUUACCACUGUGUACUUCUACGAGCUGCAGGAGAACCUGGAGAAACUAUUGCAUGAUGCACACGAGCGGUCGGAGAGUUCAGAACUGACUUUCGUCAUAGAGCUGGUGAAAAAGCUCCUCAUCAUAAUCUCUCGCCCUGCACGUCUCCUAGAGUGUCUGGAGUUUAACCCAGAGGAGUUCUACCACUUGCUGGAGGCAGCGGAGGACCAUGCCAAAGAGGGACACUUAAUGAAAACAGACAUCCCACGCUACAUCAUCAGCCAGCUAGGCCUGACCAAAGACCCUCUGGAGGAAAUGGUCAACCUGGACAGCUAUGACAGUGAGGGUCCCCUGACACCUGAGACUGAUGACUCUGCAGAGGGAAAGAUGAGAGUCAUGAAGCCACCUGGUGAAGCUGACUUUCAGACCAUCAAACUGAUAAGCAACGGUGCAUAUGGAGCUGUAUACCUGGUGCGCCACCUAGAGACACGGCAGCGUUUUGCUAUGAAGAAGAUCAACAAGCAGAACCUGAUACUGAGGAACCAGAUCCAGCAGGCCUUUGUGGAGAGAGACAUCCUCACCUUUGCCGAAAACCCUUUUGUGGUCAGCAUGUUCUGCUCCUUCGAGACUCGCAGACACCUCUGCAUGGUCAUGGAGUAUGUGGAGGGAGGAGACUGUGCCACACUGCUGAAGAACAUUGGAGCAUUACCUGUGGAGAUGGCUCGCAUGUACUUUGCUGAGACUGUUCUUGCUCUUGAAUACAUACACAAUUAUGGAGUGGUGCAUCGUGACCUCAAACCUGACAAUCUGUUGAUAACAUCUAUGGGCCACAUUAAGCUGACUGAUUUUGGCUUGUCUAAGAUGGGUCUAAUGAGUCUUACUACAAACCUGUAUGAAGGCCACAUUGAGAAGGACACCAGAGAGUUCCUUGACAAACAGGUGUGUGGCACCCCUGAAUAUAUUGCCCCAGAGGUGAUUUUGCGGCAGGGUUAUGGUAAGCCUGUGGACUGGUGGGCUAUGGGCAUCAUCCUCUAUGAAUUCCUGGUGGGCUGUGUACCUUUCUUCGGGGACACACCUGAGGAGCUGUUCGGACAGGUCAUCUCCGAUGACAUUGUGUGGCCUGAGGGUGAUGAAGCACUCCCUGCAGAUGCCCAGCACCUUAUCUCUGCUUUACUCCAGACCAACCCACUGAUCAGACUGGGCACAGGUGGUGCUUUUGAAGUGAAACAACACCCCUUCUUUUCUGAACUGGACUGGAACAGUUUGCUGAGGCAGAAAGCUGAGUUCAUACCUCACUUGGAGUCAGAAGAGGAUACCAGCUACUUUGAUACACGUUCCGAACGGUACCAUCAUGUUCACUCUUUUGAUGAAGAUGACACUAAUGAUGAUGAGCCUGUAGAGAUUCAUCGCUUCUCCUCCUGCUCCCCUCGCUUCAGCAAGGUGUAUAGCAGUAUGGAGCAUCUGUCCCAACUGGAGCACAAGCCUGUGGUGACCCGAAGAGAGCCUAAAGGUCAUCGGGAUGACCGGGGGAAAAGAGAGAGCCUGGGCAGCUUCACAAUGAGAGACAAAACAUGGAGGACAGGCUCACCUGAGAUGAAGCGUCUUUCGUGCUCAGAGUCCUCUUUCACAGAGUCUGACUCCAGUCCUCCGUCUGGUGCUCGCCGCCGUUUCUCUGCUCUAAUGGACACUCAUCGCUUUGCUUCUCCACUAGAGGGUGAAGCAGAGACACCAACACGACAGCCGCCAGUAAAAGCCAGAGGAAUGUCCUUAGAGGGCGCUACUCUGCCGGCCAGCUCAGGCCCAGUAGAGUCCUCUACUAUUGGACCAGGGAUGCCAGGAACACCAGGAGGAGACAAACUGCUGAAGCCUGCUGAUGCUGCCAUGGCAUCAGCACCACUACAUGUUCCGGACCUCUUUGGGCCGAGAGCUACGAGUGACCUGGUUCUCAGACGAGCGCGGCAUCACCAGCUCUCUGCUGAUGGGGAGAAACGAGCUCAGACUCGGACUGGCACCAAGGUCAUAAAGUCUGCUUCCGCCACUGCCUUAUCUGUAAUCAUACCUGCAGUAGAGCAGCAUGGGACAUCUCCGUUGGCCAGCCCGAUGUCUCCACGCUCUGUUUCCUCCAACCCGUCCUCACGAGACUCGUCCCCCAGCCGAGACUACUCUCCCUCUGUCAGCGUGCUACGAUCACCAAUUACCAUCCAACGCUCGGGCAAGAAGUAUGGCUUCACUCUUCGUGCCAUCCGAGUCUACAUGGGAGACAGUAACGUCUACAGUGUCCAUCACAUUGUCUGGCAUGUGGAGUGUGGUGGACCCGCCCAGGAGGCAGGUCUGUGUGCUGGUGACCUUAUCACCCAUGUGAAUGGAGAGUCUGUCCAUGGAUUGGUUCAUACAGAGGUGGUGGAACUCAUUCUAAAGAGUGGUAAUAAGGUAACAGUAACCACGACCCCGUUUGAGAACACCUCCAUUAAAAUUGGGCCUGCACGCAAGGCCAGCUACAAGGCCAAGAUGGCCCGCCGCAACAAGAGAUCGAUAACCAAAGAGGGGCAGGAGAGUAAGAAACGAAGCUCUCUUUUCCGUAAGAUCACUAAACAGUCAAACCUCCUGCACACCAGCCGCAGUCUGUCUUCUCUGAACCGCUCUCUGUCAUCUGGGGACAGUCUUCCUGGCUCUCCAACCCACGGCCUGUCAGCCCGCUCCCCCACACAGACCUACCGUUCUCCACCAGACUCUGCCUACCUUGGCACAUCUUCCCAGAGUAGCUCUCCUGCGUCUUCCACACCAAACUCCCCUGCUGCAUCGCAGCACAUGCGGCCAAGCUCUCUGCACGGCCUCUCCCCAAAACUGCACCGCCAGUACCGCUCAUCACGCUGCAAAUCAGCUGGGAACAUCCCUCUGUCUCCGCUGGCCCACACGCCUUCCCCGACUACGUCCUCACCACCCCCCAUCACCGGUCAUUCUGUCGGCAGUUCCAACACCACACAGACCUUUCCUGCCAAGCUGCACUCCUCUCCGCCAAUCACACGCCCGCGGCCCAAAAGUGCAGAACCACCUCGCUCACCUCUUCUCCAGCGGGUGCAGUCGGCUGAGAAGCUGGGCCCACCCCCUCCACCCUCAUUUCCAUCAGCGUCAUCACUGUCAGGGUCUUUUGCAUCGUCUGUCACAUGUCCAGAGAAGAAGGGAAGCCUCUCUGUGGCCAUGAGGAAGCACAGUCUGGAUGUGGCGCAUGCUGAAUAUCGCCGGGAAUCCUUCCACUGUGAGCAUGCCCUGCAGAGCCUCUUGGAGAUCGAAGGAGAAAACUCCCCUGUGCCGCCCACUCCUCCUGCUGCUGAGUCGCCCACACACAAGCUCUCGGAUGCAUGCCGCGAUGAUACACUCCAAAUGGCAAGCCGGAUAGGACGGCAGGGAUCUCCCUUAAGUCGCGACUUGUCGCUGACUGAAAAAGACAAACGGUCUGAGACAGUAGAGUCAAAAACAACCACUAAAAUGGAGUCAACCAAAGCAACUGUUAGCAUCAAUGGCAGUGCAGCCCAGAUCUCUGAGCCUGCAAAGCAAGACAAAGCACAGUCAAAGUCCCAGGCAACCCAGGCCUCCAUUCCAGCAGCCUCAGCAAAAGCAGCAGAUAAAGAACUAGCGGCCUCUGGAGGUAAAACUCCAUUAUUGAAACUAGAGACUGUUAGCGUGGGCUGUGAUCCAAAAACGCCUGAGCGGACCCCCACUGGCCAGAGUGCGGGAGUGCAGGAGCUAAAACACCAGGCUGUUCAGACAGUAGUUGGAAAAGGGCAAGAAAAAGGUAAAGUGGGGUGGGAGAGAGACGCCACAGCCAGGACAGGAGCUGUGGAGGUGGGGAAGUCUGGGAAGAGCACCCAGACUGUGGAUGCUAAUAUGAAGGUAUUAAGUGGAGGUGGUGAAAAGGGAGGUCCAGACAUCAAAGCUAAAGCUCCAUUAACAGAGGCAGGUCCAGCACAAACCAAGUCAAAGGAAGAAAAGACUCCGGCCCCAUCCAGCUCAGCCCGAGCCCCCCGGGAUGAGAGGUCUCUCCUGGAGGUUUUGGAGGAGAAUCCGGUUUCCCCCUCCCCUACUGCCCCAUCUCCUAGUGCAAGCAAAUCACGUGCCAUCUCCCCUGGCGACAGGUCGAGCUUCGUCACGCAGCUCACCAGUGUGGCCAAAACAGUGCUUGGGCCCAUGAAGCUAGGAUCUCAAGAUGGGGGCAAAGGAAAGGACUCGGGCACCAAAGUGAGUGACGAUAAGCGGGCAGGGACACUAGGAAAGUCUGAGGCUUCAUCUGGGGGCCGGCGUGCACCCACAGGCACAUGGCCUGGACCUGGAUCCUCCAAAUCCGAAAAGGCCUCGAGAAGCUCUUCCAAGCAUUCCUGAACUUCCUGUUUGGAAUUCUUGAACUUGUCAUGCAGCAUGUAUGACAUUAACAGCCACCAAAUCAACAAGAUACAUCUAUCCAACAAUGAAAAUGUCAAAGAAAAAGGUGCUUCAAAACUGUUGUCAAAUUCGUGUAUGUGUAUAGAUGGUGUUUUAUGUAGGUGUGACACCAUAUUUGUAUAUAGGAUAAAGAAGCCGUAUGUCUAUGUAGAUGCAUGUUAGAAAUUGUGAAUAAAAGAAAAAAAAAAAACAAAGAAUAUGAAAUGAAAAACUAAGCAAAGACCUAAUGCUCGUGAACAUCGUGCACAUCCAACCAUUCCCAGUCUGUAUAGCAAACAGCAAAUCACUCGUCGCCAACUCUCAUCAAUAUUUUUGACUGUGUUGGAAGAAAGACCUGGUCAAACAUUUCAAACAUUCAUGUUUCAGCCAGUGUAGAGGGGAAAUGUUUCAUGGUGUUAGGACGGUUUGGAGUUUAGCCUUGACCCUUUAACACUUUCUAAGGUUGACUUUCAGCUGAGGUGGAGGAAAAAUGUAUCCAACUUAAUCUCUGCCAUUAGGAUAUGUUGAAGCUUAUCAGCAGUUUCUAAAUGAAGUCAUGCAUCAAUCAAUUCUUUGACUGAACUGCUAAUGACUGUGAAAGGAAUUGUGUGUGUGUGUGUGUGUAUGUGUUUUGAAGGGGAAA